ACUCAAACAUAAAGCCUCCUGCUAAGAAUCCGUUUCAUUUGGCUUUCACUGGUGGACCUGCUGUGGUUGGUCUGGGAGGGUUGAGCCCUGGUCGAGACCCUAACGGAGAGUGAGCCUCUCACCAUGUCAGCCUGUUGCAGCUGGAAAGAUGUUUUCCAGUAUGAGACAAACAAAGUCCUCCAGAUCCAGAGCGUGUAUUACGGCCCCAUUAAGUGGUUCUUCCACCUGCUGGUCCUUUCUUACAUCAGCUUUGCUUUGAUCGGUGACAAGCGGUACCAAAAGAAAGAGCCUCUUAUCAGUUCCGUGCACACCAAGGUGAAAGGGAUAGCAGAGGUGAAGGCGGAGAUAUUGGAGAAUGGAAUGAAGAAGAUGGGGUCUGAGGUCUUUGACACUGCAGAUUACACCUUCCCCUUGCAGGGGAACUCCUUCUUCGUGAUGACAAACUUUCUCAAGACAGAAGGCCAACAGCAGGGGUUAUGUCCUGACUUUCCCACCCGAAGGACAAUCUGUUCCUCUGACAGGGGUUGUAAAAAGGGAUGGAUGGACCCACAGAGCAAAGGGAUCCAGACCGGAAGGUGUGUAGUGUAUAAAGAGAGGCUGAAGACCUGCGAAGUCUCUGCCUGGUGUCCCAUUGAGGAGGUGGAAAAGGCUCCCCGGCCCGCGCUCUUGAAGAGUGCCGAAAACUUCACUGUGCUCGUCAAGAAUAACAUUGACUUCCCUGGCCACAACUACACCACGAGAAACAUCUUGCCAGGUGUAAACAUCACCUGUACCUUUCACAAGACUCAGAAUCCACAGUGUCCCAUUUUCCGACUAGGAGAUAUCUUCCAAGAAACAGGAGAUAAUUUUUCAGAUGUGGCAAUUCAGGGAGGGAUCAUGGGCAUUGAGAUCUACUGGGACUGCAACUUGGAUGGUUGGUUCCAUCACUGUCGUCCAAAAUACAGUUUCCGUCGCCUUGAUGACAAAACCACCAAUGAGUCCUUGUACCCUGGCUACAACUUCAGAUUCGCCAAGUACUAUAAGGAAAACAACAUUGAAAAACGGACUCUAAUAAAAGUCUUUGGGAUCCGUUUUGACAUUCUGGUUUUCGGCACCGCCACUGUGGUAAUCGACUUCCUCAUCAAACCUUACUUCAGUAAAUGCUGUCGAUCCUGCAUUUAUUCCUUUUGCAAGCGGUGUGAAUGCUGUGCAGCCAAUGAAUACUACUACAGGAAGAAGUGUGAGCACAUUGUGGAGCCAAAGCCGACAUUAAAAUACGUGUCCUUUGUGGAUGAAUCCCAUAUUAGGAUGGUGGACCAGGAGCCACUUGGAAAAAGUCUGCAAAAUGUCGAAGGUGAAAAAGUCCCAAGACCCUCAGUGGACUUGUCCAGGCUGCCCCCGUCUCUCCAUGAUCCAUCCCCUAUUCCUGGACAAGCAGAGGAGAUCCAGCUGUUAAGUGACGAAGUGGCUACCAGAUCCAGCAACAGCCCAGACUGGUGCCAGUGUGGACACUGCCUCCCAUCCCAGCUUCCCGAGAGCCACAGAUGCCUGGAAGAACUGUGCUGUCGGAAAAAGGCGGGUCCCUGCAUCACCACCUCAGAGCCCUUCAGGCAGCUCGUCUUGUCCCGACAGCUCCUGGAGUUCCUCCUGCUCUACCAGGAGCCCUUGCUGGAGCUGGAUGAAAACUCUAACAGCCAGCUGCGGCACUGUGCCUACAGGUGCUACACCAUCUGGCGCUUCGGCUCCCAGGACCUCGCCGACUUUGCCAUCCUGCCCAGCUGCUGCCGCUGGAGGAUCCGGAGAGAGUUUCCCCAGAGUGAAGGCCAGUACACCGGCUUCCAGAGUCCUUACUGAGGGCACAGGGCUGAGCAGGUGUGUGAACGUUUCCUUUGCACCCUGAGCUUGAUCUGCAAAGAUCUGAGGCCAAAUGUUCAACCAAAGGGAAAUGUGUUUUCCACUCCUGCAGCUCUAGAUGUGUCAGAGAGCAGACUGAACAAACAAACAAAUAAACCAGAAUCCCUCUGCAUGGACUGAGAGUCGAGAGAUUCAGAUCUGUGCCUCAGUUCUGUCCCUAGGAAGUUGUGUGAUCCUAGGCUUUUAACUCUGAGCCUUAGUUGCCUUCCUACCCCAACUGCGAUCCCACAGAGAUGUUGGGAGGACAAACUGAGAGAGUGUACAUGAACUUUCUUGUUAAUGCACAAAGAGCUACAUGAAUGCCAACCAGCUCCUUAUGAGGCCAGACUGGGAUAAGGUAUAACUAUGAACAAACCCUUUGGGUGCUGGUUGGAGACUGUGGAGGAUUAAUGGCAGCCACAAAUUCUUGGGCAUCUGACCCUCAGGACCUAAGGGUUAUGUCCCCUCCUCUUGCAUGUGGGCAACUCUGAUCACUUCUAUCCAAUAGUGGAAGUGACGCUGUGCCGGCUUCGGGGUCUUGGUCUUGAGGCUGGCAGCUUCCACUUCCGGUCCUACCCACGUCUGCUGUGAAGGAAGCUUGCCCCCAUACCAAAGUCUGACUCUCCUCAGACAACCCUAUUGUGAGGAAGCUCCAAAAGCCACAUGGAGAACAGAGAUGCCUGACCAGUUCCCAGCUUCCAAGCCAUCCAAACGCAGUCACUGGACAUGGGAGAGAAGCCUGCUGAUGAUUCCACACCCUGCUACCAUUGGACUGCCACUGCAUGAGACGCCUCCCACAGAACAAAACUGUUGUUUUAAGCCACUAAGUUUCGGGUUGUUCGUUAUGCAGCAACAGAUGACUGGGACAGAGAGCAAGCCUGACUCACUGGAACACAGACUCAGCCAUACCUUCUGUGGUUCUAGCGUUCUUAGGGAGCCUGGACCAGCCCUGAAGCAUCACCAGGGCUUAGGUCUCUGUUCGGCAGUCCUGUCAGGGCUGCGGACCAAAUCAAGUAACCCACCAGACCAGCCCUGGAAUCCGUCCAAUCUAACUGCUGAACUACCCAAUACAUUCUAACCCAUAGCCUAUUACUAUGACUGGAAGUAGCUACUGCUGUUAAAACGGAAAAAGGCCACCAUUAUGCCUUUAACAUCCUGUACUUUGCAGCCAAUUAGAAUGAAUGCAAUCUGGUUGCUACUUAAAAAGCAACUCACACCCAAACCUUUACCAUUUCUGUACAUCAACCGCUAAGAAUAUGAAAAUGGAUAGUCAGGUUUUAGGAUCCUCCUUCAGGAUUUCCUUUUCAUGGUUUUGGUAUUAGAAUUGAUGAUUUCUAAACAACUCUUUUAAAGAAUAAAUAGAGACCACUAUUCAACACUAUAACUGAUGAUGGAUCUAUGAGUUUUCUUAAUACAUAUUCUAAGAUGUGCCAUUUUGAUACUUUUUAAAAACCAGAUGCUUUCUACUGUAUUCAUGUAAAGUAAAUAUGAGCAAAACACUUCUUUUUUUGACCCAGGAUUUUAUCUGGCUUUAAACUCAGGAAUAAACUAGGCCAGACUGAACUUUCAUUUUUUUUUUUUACUAUCUUUCAGAGAUAGAUUAUAUAUGACUUCUUAUAUGUAUGAUAUAUAUUUAAAAGUGGAUUAUAUAUGACUUCUUCAGAAUUUAAAUUUUUACUCCUAGAAUUCUAUGUAUGAGCUACAGAUUUCCAUUCUGAUAAACCUCUGAAACUUUAUACCUUUAUUUUAUUUUCUUUUUUGGUGCCUUAUCCCUAGUGUGUUUCUGUCACCUCUAGAGGCCCCAGAUGGCAUCAGAAUUUGGAAUGACAAUUAGUCACUGGAUCCACCUACUAUCCUCCUUCACCUUCCCCACAGAUGCUUUAGGUGAGAGGGUGAUAUGUUAUGCCAAUGGUGUGUAAAAUGUCUGACACUUCAUACAAUAACAUGCAUCAUAUUUGUAUCUUGUUUUUAGUCUACUGCAUAAAAUAAUGUCAUCAGCAAAGGCAUCCCAAGGAGAAUCACACUUUGUAGGAUCUAUUUUCUUAUACUUAAAUCCAUUAUUCUAUAUGGUAAUUGCCCAGUAUUCACUACUUCAUGUCUGUAUUAGAGAUCUUUCUUGUAACAUUAGCUGGUUUCAUGUAGAAUUGGUAAUGAACUUGCAUUUCUCUCUUCAGAGGGCACCAGUUUUUAAACACUUCCUAAUUCUAGUUUGGCAAUGUACAUGUCUUAACUAGGUAAUAUGUUUUGAUAAGAAAAUAUUAAUGUUUUGAUUAUAAAAAAUAAUGUAUAAUUUGAUUACUGAAGUGUUCUUUUUACUUCCUUUUCUCAGGAGAUCCCCAAAUCACAGUUCAUUCAUUGACACUUUCAUUCAACAUAUAUUCAUUGAGGAACUAUGACAUAAUAAGACUGUGCUGCUCCCAAUUCCUGACACACAGCUCCUAAAUCCCUUAGUAUUUGCUGGGUGAUAAGAGUGUCUUGUGUUCUAACAAGGCAACUCUUGGUGGGCUCCAAACUUCAGGAUGGGGGCUCGUUGCCAGAAAGACCAAGCCAUGAUCAGAAGCUUAGAACUUUGAGCCCCACUCUCUCAUCCUCCAGAAUGGAGAGGGGUUGGAAACUGAGUUAACAACUGAUUGUGCCCACGUGAUGAAGUCCCCCUAAAAAUGUCUUGAUUAUGAGAUGUGGAGAGCUUCUGAAUUGAAGAACACAUCUACAUGCUAGGAGAGUGCUGUACGCCAACUCCACAGGGACAAGCAUCUGUGCUCAGGACCCUUUUGGACCUUGCCCUAUGUACCUCUUCAUCUAGUUCUUCGUAUCAUUAUAUCCUUUAUAGUAAACCAGUAAAUACAAACAAAGGUUUCCCUGAGUUGUGUGAACCAUUUGGGCAAGUGACUGAACCUGAGAAGGGGGCUAUGGGAACCCCCAUUUCUUAGCCAGUUGGUCUGAAGUACAGGGGACACCCUGGGACUUGCGACUGGCACCUGAAGUGGAGGACAAUCUUGUGGGAUUGAGGCCUCAACCUGUGGGGUCUAGGCUAAUGCCAGGAGUUAAUGACGCAAUUGAAUUGUACGACACAGUUGGUGUCUGGAGAGUUGGAAAACUGGUUGGUGUGGGAAAACUCCACGAACAUUUGGUCCCAGAAAUAUUACAAGUAGAGAAUAGGAAAACGAGUUUUCUUUUAGGUACUCACUAGAGACCAAUGAUAGAUAAGGUUGCUGCUGUCACGGAGAUGUGAGGAGAUGGACAUUAAUCAAAUAAUUCAAAUGUAAAUUUGCAUUUUGUGAAGGGGAUCAUGAUGAAGAAGAAAAAUGAUGCUCUGAGAGCCUAAAAUAGGGGAAUUUGACCAUUUUGGGGAGAUCAGAGAGGUCCUCCUUGAGGAUGCAGCCCUUUAGCUAAACCCUGAAGGGUAAGUCCUAGAUAACUAGGUGAAUAGGGUAGGGAAGAGCAUUCUAGGCGGAAAGAGGAGCAUGUGCAAAGGCCCCGGGGCAGAAAAUGCAUAGCCGGUUUACGGAACUUAAAGGACACCUGGAUGCCUACUGCAUAGAUAGUAAGGGGGAAGUAAGGCAUGAGAUAAGACUGGACAGGCACGCAGGGGCUGGACUGCAUAGAGCCUUGCAGGCCAUGGCAAGGAGUUUUGUCUUUAUCCUAAGACCAAUGGACAGCCAUGGAAGUGUUUUAAAGUAGCAGCCUGGUAAGAUUAUAUUUGGUUUUUAAAAGAUCAUUCUGAUCACUGCAUGGAGAAUGAAUGAGGAGUGGUGGUAAACAGUUUUAAUUUUAUUUCAGUCUCUCCCUACUCCAUGAAACAUCUGCCCCAAAUAUGCAGUGAAAUGAACUGAUUCUCUUUUCUCUCCUCUUUAUCUUGGGAAGUCACAGAAAGAUCAGCCGCAGGAAAAAGGAAAAGCUUUAGGGUGCCUUGAUUUUUAGAGUAUUUCCUGUCCCAAGUUGGUGGAGAUGAGACCACUUAAUGGUCUCACCAGGUCAGGGGUAGGAACGUGCCAAAUCUAGAGACAAAGGGCAGUCAGCAGAGCUGCUGAUGUAUCUCACCCUAUAGUGUAUAGCCAAAAACUCAGGUCUAAUAUCACAGGCUGGUUUGACAUCUGUUGAAAUCAGGAGGGUCUAGAACAGCUUAACUGCAAGUUUCUCUCCCCAUCCUACUCCCAUGGAAAAGGUCACCUGGACAAAUACCUUCUUUAGCGAAUGGAGCAGAGGCACUUACUGCUGACCCCUGAAUAAUGGGUUUAAGUUCUCUGCCACCCAUGGAAUGAUCUAAAAGACAAUCAUGUCCUCCUGUGGGAACCACGGGGCAUCUCACCCUCUUGAUACUGCAAAGCACGCCGGCCUCCCACCUGAGCCGAAAUCCCACCAUCUCUGGUUGUUCACUCUGCCCUGGAGCUAUGAUUAUGUGACUAAUAAACUGCUGCCAAUUUCCCUUG